AUUCCUGGAUCCCUUGAGGGGGUGGCUCGUACGCACCUGGCUAGGUGGGGACGCUCCCAUUUUCUAUUGAUGUGGGUAGAAAAAAAGAUAGCAAAAUGUGAAAAAUAGAGCCUCCGUUGUAAGGAGACAUCCUAAGAGAGAGCCAGGACUUAAGUGAUCCUAUCUGCUCGCAGGCCUCCCCUGCUCAAAAAUACCAGUUUUUGUGGCAUAAAAUCUAAACUACACAUCUUUGCAUUAUAAACAUCACAGGCCCUGCAAAGAGGGCAGAAGAAGGUACAGAAAGAAAAAGGAAAUUAGAGAUGCUGCAAGGCCCAGGUCCAGCCUGGCACCCCUCCCACCCAGCUCAUCUUGCAGAUCUGUGGCCUCUGUUCCUCUCUCUAAACCCACAGAACAUUAUGGACCCCCGGGGGCCAGGCCCCCAGCCUUUCCAGCGGCCUGAGAAAUCUGGUCGUGUCCGUCGUCGGAAGACAAGGCGGGAGCGUAACGAGGCCCUGAUGGGCAGCCGCCGGCCAUUGACCCAUCAGGAUCCUCCUGUGACCAGUCAGGAUCCACCUGUGGCCCCUACUGUUCCCAAGGUCGUGGUCAUAACGCAGGGCCGGCUGAGCCGGGAGCACCGGGGUCUCUUUAAUCAUGAGGUGAAAUCUCUGGAUGUGGCACGGCUGCUUAGCAGUGGGUCCCUGGAGCCCGGCACCCCUUCACUCCCCAUCAAACGCUUCUCAAGCCCAAGCUGGGCCCAAGAACCAGCUCCCCAGUCAAGGGGCAAGGAGAACCAGGUGCCUAGAGGCUCAGGCCCAGGCCCACCCAGUCCCCCAGAGCUCCCUGGCUUGGGGCAGCUGCUGGAGGAGCUGCAGUGCCAGUUGAUUCUGCCACAGGCCUUCCCCAGGAGGAACCUAGUGCAGGAGGCCAGGGAUGCCAUCGUGGGCACUUUACAGGCCUGCCAUGGCUGCGUGCCUGACCUUACCCUGGUGCUCCGUGACUGCCAGCCACCCUUACCAGGGACCAAGCCUGGGGGCCCUGAAAGACGAAGGAUGACACCCUCCUGGAUCAACAGCCCAGAGCAGGCCCCAGGGGAGAGGAGGCAGAGGAGGCAACAGAGGACAAAGGAGCUCACUUUCUCCAUGCCUCACACCUCCAGCACUCCCCUGGUGCACAGGGUGAGCCUGGUGCCACCAAAAGGUCCCUGGCCACCGCCUUUGCCCUUGUUGCCUUCGCCAUCUGGGGCAGCCUGGGGCCCCCCAACAGCCUUUGACCUACUGAAAAGCAUCUGGCUGGUUGCCACACCUCCCCCUCCCCGGCCCUGGGGGGUCGGCCCACAGCAACCCCUGCCUCAGCCACCAUCACCCUUGUUGCCCCGAAUCUCUGCCCUGGAUUGGAGCCCCAGCCCUCCUGCCCCACUGCCCAGUCUCUCCUGGGUGGUGGCCCAGAGCAGCCCAGAGGCCUGGUCCUUUCCACCUAUGAGACUGUACUGAGGGGACUGAGGCUGGGCUAGGGGCAGGAAACCCGCACUCCUGAUCACUUCAAUAAAGUACCUUCUUCAUGGUC